AUGGACGACCUAAUUGUUCCAGGUGCAGAGAAAGAGGCCGGGCUGCUAGCUAGAUAUACAGAAGAUGACGCCGGGGGUCGACAAAGCGAAACCAACCCAACCUCUCAAAAUGGGUAUAUGAUCAGUGACAGCUGCAUCGAAAAGGGCGCAGAGCUUAUUCUUGAGCUGCACCGCGAAUCUGCGCUCCAGCCAUUCGCUCAUCUCUUCCAAAAAUGGAUUUCAACUGGGGCAAAUCUCGCUUUAGCUGGCCCUCUCACCGGACCAUGUGCAUCGACGGUCGAGUACACGCUCCUGAAGUGCGAUGGGACGCAUGCAACCGCUCGGAAAAUCUCUAGAGACCUCUUUUAUCGUUCUUCGCAGCCCAUUCCUUCGGGCCAAGAGACAAGCUUUAGUGAAUACUGCGCUAAUUUCUGUGGAGAAAACGCCGGAUGGGAAACUUUUGGCAUAUUUUUCACUGCCAUCUGUCGAGCCUCCGUAGACUUGGCUUGUGCAGAGCCAUUAUAUGACUCAGAGAAGCAACGCCGUAGGCUUCAAAAGCUUGCGCUUUCAUACUCGGAUCGAUGUUUGGAUCAUUGUUUGCCGCUGGAUUGUAUGAAAGAUCUACAGCUUUUUCUGCAGUAUGAAAAUUUUAUCUCUCAUUCACAGGUCGAUGGUGAUCAGAGUUAUCUCUCUUGGCGGAAACUCGGAGACGUGGCAGCCUCGCUUUACGCCCUUGGCUACCACCAGCAACAGACAGAGUCAUUUCGCACUGCCCCUCAUUUCCUUCGUGAACUUCGUCAAACAGCCUUCUGUCGUACAUAUUCCGCCGAUAAAAAUGUCUCAAUAUUUCUGGGCCGACCGCCCCGAAUCUUACGGAAGUUUUGUCACUUUGACCUUCCAGGAACACUUAUACAGCCUGCUCAGAGAGCAUCUCGCAGACCAGCGGUCUGGGACCUUACCGAGGGGCUUAGCUUUAUGACAGACUCGAAAUGGGCUGCUUUAUGUGGAAUAUUGAAGGAGGAUAUAUUGGAUCUCUUCGCCGAGGAGAGCUACGAGGAGAGGGCACGACGGGGCAAACUUAUAGGGACCGAUGCUCGUGCUCAAUGGGACGCUCUCCCUGAAAGCUACCGCCUCCAAUGUAACCUCAAGGCAUGCGACCGGCGACCAGUGGACCGUGACUUUAUGGUUAACAUGAAACUUAAUUAUCUUCAUGUGCACUUCCUGCUGUGGCGAGCAUUGCUCCGGCCGAUGUCGAUGGACCCCGCCCCAGAAUUGUUCAAAAUUUCCAAAGACAUGCUUAGCCUUGUCGUCGAGACGAUUAUGCUCAAGGACAAGACUAUCAACUCUGGCACAUCGCUAGUCUGGAAGGUGGUGUACUACGGAUUGUCAGCGGCCGGACUCAUUUCACUUACCCUUGCCAAUCAGUCUCACGCCAAUGAGACCGGCCAAUCAGACAUAUCCAAGAUCUUUCAAGACCUGAGUAUCCUAGUGGGAGAGGUUGAAAGUGGAACCCUGGUAUACGUUGACUCGCCCAAUUAUGCCUUGCUCUCUCGGGCGACGCAAACGAUCAAAAGUCUGCUCGAUCGGAUGAUUUCCCCAUCGCACAUUUCACAUAGUACAGCAGCCACAUCUGGAACUCCAUCCGUGGGGCUUGCAGGCUCCGAAAAUAUCACAACCUUGAAUGAUGGAAGUUGGGGUCUGUGGGAUGAUAGCAGUUUCCGGGAUUUCGAGAUCAACUUCUGGCACAACCUUGCUGACCACCCGUUUCUUAAUGACUAG